AUGGCAGCUGUGGACGGAUGUACUCAUCAGACAGUCUUUCGUGGCCUGUGUGCCGUCUGUGGCUCUGUAGUUGUUGAUGACAAGAGGCAGAGGUUUAAUGUAGCUCACAACACUAAAGGUGUCUAUGUGGAUGAGGAGGAAGCCAAACGGCUGCAAAAGGAAGCUGCUACCAACUAUCACAAGACAAAGAGACUCCCAUUAAUACUGGAUUUGGAUUUAACAAUCAUUCAAGCUUGUGUUGAGAAGGAUACAAUAGAAGAAUGGAAGGCCGAUCCUUCAAAUCCAAACUACCCUGCUCUUUCGGAUCCACUUACUCUUACAACAUUCACAUUGGCCGAGGCUGGAGCUCAUACAUAUUAUGUCAAACUGCGACCUGGUGGACGAAAGUUCUUGGACAGUGUAUCCAAAUUAUAUGAACUACACAUUUAUACUAUGGGAACCGAGCCUUAUGCCAGAGCUGUUGCUCACUUUCUGGAUCCGACUGGAGUCGUCUUUGCUGAUCGAAUCCUGUCUCGUGACACAUCUGGAAGCAACAUGGUCAAAAGCAUAGAUAGACUGUUUCCUUAUGGCCAUGAAAUGGUUGUGGUGGUGGAUGAUAGAGCAGAUGUAUGGAAUCAUCUGGAUAAUGUUCUGAAAGUGAUGCCAUUUGAUUUCUUCAAGAGCGUCGGAGAUGUGAAUGCGCCCAUGAUAGCUGCUGCUCAGCAGCUUGAAAACAUUGACAAGGUGGCUUACACUGCCCUUCAGUUUUCAGCGUUACCACGUAUUCAGCCUUUUGUCUUUGCAUUGCAGGGCGAGAACCCAUCCGAGAAACUCUCCGGCUUGACUGAUACAGAUCGAAACACAGUAGCUGAAGCUGCUGCAGAUCAAGCUGGAGAUGACGACAAGGCACGAGAAAGCCGUAUUCGACAUGCCGUCGAAGCGGUAGAAGAUGAAAAUCUAACACGACUCGAAAGCGCCAAACCUUUAAAACGAGCUGCCAUGUCUCUCCAAAAAUCAACCAAGGACUCUUCUUCGUCCUCUUCCAAUAGCAACAAUAGCAACAGUAAUGGGAAUGGUACACCCAAUGGAAGCCGACACCCGUCUGUAGAACCAGCCAUCCUGGUAGAAGACGACCAAGAGCUCAAAUACGUCCAAAAGGCUCUCAGUAUUGUUCACGACACCUAUUUCCGACUAUACGAUGCAGGAUAUAUGCCCAACGUUCCCAACAUUAUGCGAGCGAUGCGGAAAACAGUGUUUGCUGGUUGUAGCAUCUUGUUUAGCUCUGUUAUACCGAUAACUCAAAAGCAACCUGAACUGCAUGAAAUGUACAGAUUGGCUGAAGAAUUUGGAGCUACCAUUGUGCGAGAUCUCCCACCACCAUCUUUGGGUUUCAAGGGCAUUACUCAUGUUGUCGCUGGCAAGGCAUGUUUGCGCAGAGAAGGAGUUGGCACAGACAAAGUCAUUCGAGCUAUGAAAGCCGGAGUGCCUGUGGUCCGUGUUGACUGGCUCACAAAAUCUGCAUUCCGAUGGCGUCGAGAACCAAUCCAACACUAUUUACACGAUACAAAAGCACCCUUAAGAGAUUUAUCACCAAGUUCCAAGCCUCUAUACCUAUCCGAAGACGAACUCGUUGCUCAAGGAGCCGUCAACACCAACUCGUCAAUAGACAUUGCUCUAGAAGUGCCAAACACUUUGAAAAAUGCCUUAUGGGAUGUUGAUGGAGCUGCCAUUGACAUUUCAGCCAUGGAUGCAGAACUACAAGCUGCUUUGGAUGCUGAGACGACUACAGAAGAUGAAAGUAGUGAGGCUGAGAGUAAUGGUGCUGAAGUACAUAGCCGGGAACAGUCUGUUGCUAAUGGGAAUGAGUCUAAUGAUGACUGGGAGGAUGAUUUUGAUGCUGCUUUCAAAGAAACCAUUGCUUCUACGAAACGUCCUGCUUCAUUACAUUCAGACUCGGACCAUGAGCAGCGCGGAGGGUUGUAG